AUGGCUGAGCAUGAAAGGGACAUCGUUGAAGUUGUUACUCAACUGGAGCCGGACCUGGAAGAGGGAGACCUAGCCCAUUGGUUGUGUGAUCGCAUGCUUGACCUUUUGUCCAGGAGGGCGGAGGACGCUACGGGAUGUGUGGAGGCAUGCAAGGAUGUCAUGGCGCACAUGGAACAGGGGAGGCGCCCUUCCCUUUUCGAAUGUGUUAGCGCCAAUGUCACUCGAUGGAGGAGUGAGGUGAAGCAGUGGAUGACGAAUCAACGGGCGGGUGUGGCUUUUGUACAGGAGACUCAUCUCCUGGAAGGGGACAAUCCGGGCGCAAACGCAAGUGCGGAAGCAUCCGGGUAUCGAAUGUGGACGGCUAACAGCUACGACACUGGACAAGGUGGCAGCAGUGGUGGGGUUGCUGUGUUGGCAAAACGCCACCUCAACUUCCGCUUGUUGGAUCGGUUUCAGCUGGAAGGUAAAGGUUACGUGUUGGUAGUGGCCAGAUUCGCUGGUUCGGAUGUUGUGAUGGGUAGCCUCUACCUGGCCACGGGACAGGACUUAGGCACACCAAUCAAUGCAACCAUCCUGUCUCAACUCAUGGCUAAACUGCAAGCCUUGGCCGUGCCUUGGAUUGUGGCGGGUGAUUUCAACUGUGAUUUGGAUACCAUCCGGCAAACCAGGAUUGCUGAAACCACGAACGGUGCAUUCAUUGGUGCCGGGGAGGCCACAUGCAGCACGGGGGGCCAAAUUGAUUACGUGUGGGCCCAUAGGCGUCUCCAGGGCCUAGUGUCGGUCAGUGCUGAUUGGGAGGUGCCUUGGAGGCCGCAUGCGGCUUUGCGCAUUCAACUGCACUGGAAUGUCGGACAACUACCAAUGUUGCAGGUCCCAAGGAAACCGGCGGCACAGGCCAAGAAGGAGGCGUCCUUCUCUUGGUCCCCGGCCCCCUUUGUGCGUGUCAUGGUUCACGUGCAAUUCAACCGUGCCACCAGGUGGAUUGCGGACUUCAGUCAUAGUGUUGAGGAGUCUCUUUUGGAUGCAGGGGGCCAGGGUCGAGGCUGGAACCUCGCGUGGGUGAGGAAGCCUCUCACACCCCAGCAACCGGCAGGCAUUCAAUGGAAAGGCAAUCAUGCUGGAUACUGGAAUCGGCUUGGGGUUUGGUUGGCGUCGUACCCGGUUGGGAGGUUCCCGCCUGGUGUUCGUGACAAGCUGACUGUGCAUUUGGCCAAGGUUGCGGAAAACUGGCACGACGAAAGCUUGUGCAUGACGGCAGAGGAGUUUGCGGACCGGAUGUGCCACGAAACACUCGAUGCAAGUAGUCAGCGUCAGAGGCUGGCAGCAGUGGUCAAAGCGCAGUUGCGGUGCGCCACCCAGCUGGAUACAAACGAACGAAAUCAGCGGUAUCAGGAGUGGCUCACCCAAGCCGGUGCAGGCCACAUGAGGCCUUUGUGGAGGGCACUCAAAACUCACGAGGCCAAAACUCAGCGACCGUACCAAAAUCUCAGCAUGGAAGUCAGGAGCCACGCUCGCAGAGCGGGGUGGUGGGAGAUUUGGUGUGCGGCGGACAACACCCGCGACGUUGUUCAGUUGCGAACCCUGAGCACACAGGUGCGAAUGGCGGCGCAAGCGCAGGCGCAGCAGCUGCGGCCAAUCAACUUGGAAAGGGCCCAUCGUAAGUUCCGAACCAUUGCUCGUAAGGCCUGCGGGCCGGACGAAUGGACGGCUGACAUGCUGAGGGCGCUUACUCAGGAGGCCGGGACUCUCCUAGUUGAAGAAAUGAUGCAGUGGGAGCGGGAAGGAGUCCUUCCCGACCAGCUCACAAUGGUGCGCUACACACUCUUACCAAAGUCGGCAGAGGAUGAGCGACCCAUUGGUCUAACGAGCUACCUCUAUCGGUCCUAUUGUCGUCUCCGGUGGGACUUGUACGCGCAGUGGCUGGAAGACUACAGGCGAAGUGCGCCAUGGGACCGAGCCCUUCCAGGGCACUCGUCUCUUGACACAGCGCUUGCUAGAACUGCGCGUCAUGAGGUCUGCAAGCACACGCGCAAACAUGGGGUGACUGCCCUGGUUGACUUGUCCAGUUUUUACGAGCUGGUUCCUCAUACAAUCUUGCUAAGGGAGGGUCUUGAGAAAGCAUUCCCACCGGUUUUGCUCAAUGCCGCCGCCCAGGUUUACGGCGGAAGCCGUUUCAUAGAGGCGGAAGGUGUCACUGCGGCGCCGAUUCGGACAAACCAAGGACUGAUUGCAGGAUGUCCACUGGCCCCAGGCUUGAGCAAGAUCAUCCUGCACAACCCCAUGCAAAUGCUUUUUGACUCAAAACUCCUCACCCACCAAGACUUGUGGAUUGACGACAUAGGACUCGAUGUGAUACACCAGAGCCCAACGCAGGCCGCCAUUCGGAGUGUGAAGGCCUUUCGCCUGUUGAAAGCUGCGCUGGAGGAGUCCUCCCUGGCGGCAGUGGAGAGGCUCAGGACCAGCGAAGAUCCGCCCAUCGCUCUCACCUCAACCGACCUUGGGUUGGAUUGUGGCGGUGGCGUCCGCCGCAGAGUGACCAAACAUAGGUCGCGCCUCCACAAGGCGGCAGGUAGACAGAAGAGGCUGAGGGCUUUGGCGCCCAAAGACAAACGGGUAAAAAUCAGGAUGGUCAAAGGUUCGCUGCAGCCAGUGGGCAUCUAUGGCCACCAGGCAACAGGAGUCACACCGCGGAGGUUUAAGUGGCUUAGGUUCCUGUAUGCGGAGGCUCUGGGUCGCAUGAAAAUAGGAUCCGUCAUCUGUGUGCUGGAAGCUAAUGCCGGCCGCACGCGGGACCCAAAGGAAGUCAUCAUGGCACAGCACAUCCAGGCGCACAGCCGCAUGAUGCUGCAGUGGCCACGGGAAGCCGAGGACAGCCUCACGAAGGCUUGGCAAGCGCUGCAACAGAGUCUCAGUGAAACCCGUUGGCCUUGGCAAAAGGUGACUGGGCCUUUGGGGGCCAUGGCGACUUACCUUCAAGAACUGGGCUGGGAAGCACAAGGGCCCCGGCACUGGUCAAUUGACGGACAGACGUACGACGUGGCAUCCGCAGCGGGGCUACAUGCAGUGGUGUGGCAUCUAAAAAACGCCAUACAGCAACAGAGGUGGACAGCGGUGGCUGCCACGCCGGGAGCAGAAAACGUUGUCAGCGGCAUUGAUUGGCAGGCCGCCAAUAAGGCAGUAAAACACCUUGCUCCUCUGGAGAAGACGGGUGUGCAGACUUUGUGGCAGGCAGCGCUAAAAGCAGGACCGGGGGCCUUCUGUCAAAGGUGCCAGACAGAGGCCUCACUCCAGCAUGUUCUGUAUGACUGUGCAAUGUGGGGUAGCCAUGCACUGCCUCCUCCGAGUAUCCUGUCAAUGCAAGCACAUGGGUGUCAUACCAGCCUUUGGUUGCGCGGGCUUCCGGCCAAACGCGCCUUUUACGAAGUAGACUCGAGCGUGGAAAUCAAAGGGGUCUGGCCAGUGCCAGAUUUGACGGAUGUCCGGUUUGCCACGGACGCCACAGGACCGAAGGACCCGCGGGAAGGCCCGGUCAUCUGGGGAGUUAUUGCCUUUCGUGUCCUAGCAGGGGGCGAAGAAGGUGAAUUGCACACGGGCCGAAUCCAAGUGGUGGGGUCCAUCACGGGUGCUGUGUCCUAUGAGCAGACAGUCUUCAGAGGCGAGGCCGCGGCGGUCUGCGAGACUGUCCAGGCACACCCUGGAGAGGACGAGUUGGACAUCACGUUGGACUGCGAAGGAGUCCUUCGCAGGAUCCAGAGGCGUGGCCCAGGGCAUAGUAACCGAGACCUGUUGGACCCGGUUAGAGCCGUCGCACACCGGGUGCGAUUAACGUGGGUCAACUCACACCUUGGCAGAAAGGCCUUCGAAGCAAAGUUUGGGAGUGAUAAAGAAUGGCGGCGACAGGCCAACUGUGUGGUUGAUGAGCUGGUCAAAAAGCGCUCCCUGCGCAUCGCCGGCCCGACUGUACAAGCAAGUGUCAGGCUGUGGGACAAGCAAGUGCGAGAAGUAGUGCAGUUUCUCGGCCAACGGGUGUCGUUUCUCCUCACCGCAGAUGAGGCAGACAAGGCGGAGGUCCUGUUCCAACCCAAGGCUGACCGGCUUGGUCGCGGAACACCCCACGCCACUUCGACCGAUCGAGGUGAUGCCACCAGGCUCAGCCGUAGGCAGCAGCUCGAGUUGCUAAUCCAAGAGGGAACGCGGGGAGGACACUGCUGGCAGGAGUCCCACCGUGGCAGCACAAACCUCACCAUAUCCUGUCGCAAGUGUGGCUUGUAUGUUCAGCAAAAUGACAGCGCUUGUAUCUUCGACAGGAAAACAAAGCAACUCUGUGCUGGACAAGCCAUGGAACCACUCCCUGGCAUGCACCCUUCGCACAAAUUGGAGAGCUUGGGAUCGGCUUUCAUUUGCAUCCAGUGUAAACGUGUCCAGCGCGUCGGGUUCCGCGCCUUAGCCCCGGUUUUUGGCAAACUCUGUGCCCCCACUCAAACCUGCAACAGCAAGCUGUCCAAGUUGUGGCGGCAGGGCCGAGAAGCGCAGCAGCAUGCCCUACCAGGCGGGGGGGGGGCAGGGCAGCCGAGAAAUCAGGGUCGGAAGAAGCAGACCUUUAAGAAAAACUCGGUCAGUGAUGACAACAGUGGCCUUGUGCAGCCACGUUUGUCUUUCCGCCCACCGCCGAGGGCUCAAGACAGUAGCCCGCGCAGUGGGUGA